CAGUAUAUCUCCGGACAUCUUGAAGUUUGGAACUAGGAAGGAUCAGAGAUUUUUUAGAUAUCCUAGUAGUGAGGAGCACUGGUGGUGAACUGGGGUUUUUAAACAAAGUUUUUCACGUGAUUUGUAAACUAUGAUUCCCUACGGACAAUAUGACACACUUGGACAUCAUCAUGCGCACACACUUCCUUACCAAACACAUUCACAUAAUCACACGCAUACGCAGGAACAGCAGGAAAUACCAAAAUAUUCUAGAUUGUUGUUCAAACUACCCCGGGUGGUUCCUGAUCAACGAGAGAAGUUUGAGACCGAAGAUCUGUUUAAGAAGCAUACUAGAGAAGGAGAGGUUCGGUACACACUGUACAGAGAUCGUCCAAACCAUGAGAGACAAGCCAAGUUUCAGGCAGCCUGUAGAGAUGGACACACAGAGAUUAGUUUCUCCGGGUCCGGAUUAGUUGUCCUGCUAAACUGGAAUACUCCGACCCAUGAGGUUGAUGCUAAAUUUAAUCCACACUCCUCUUCAUACUGUGAUUUCAAUAGAGAACAGGGAAAAGUUCAUAUCCUUAGCUCUUUUAUCCUUAACGGAGUUUGUGUACGGUGGCGGGGUUGGUUGGACCUGGAGAGAUUAGAUGGAUCUGGACUAUUAGAACUUGAUGAAGCUCUGAUGGUUAGAGAGGAGCAGAACCUUCAAAAACAUCUUCAACUAGUUCAUCAGAAACUUAGAGAAUGUGAAGAGAGAUAUAGGACGGAUGCAGAUUUGCAGAUGAAGAAGCUCCCCGGAUAUAUCUAAACAACAAACAAACAAACAAACAAACAAACAAUGGAACCUCCCUCCCCCCCAACCCAGACCAAACUCUGUGUUUCAACACAAGCUAAAUUUUGAAGUGAAAGUUCGUCUGAAAAAAAGACGUAUUUGUUCUUCCAAAAGUCAACCAGGUUGAAAUGUGAUAUUUUUCAAUUAAAUUAGAUUUCUUUGUAAAUUUAUAUUUGUUAAUUUAGUUAAUUAAA